UUUAAACUUUUAAUCGGUCAAGAUGAAUUACAAUAUUCUAUCAGUAAGCACAUUUCUGCUGUUGGCUAUUGAGACUCGAAUUAUCGAUGCCAAAAUGUGUCAGAUAGAAGAAAAACAUCCGGUAUCAUCAUUUCACGAAACCGUGGAGAAGAGCUACGCCUUAUGUUCGUACUCCUGUGGCUGGAGAUCUACCCAGUAUAAGAACGUUGAGACGACUUGCUACCAGCGGAAUUGUUACCUAGAGUACGAAACCAUUGAGAAGUGGGUGUGCUGCGAGGGAUAUUUCGCGAAGGGCAGCGAAUGUAUUCCGGUUUGUAGCAAUGGGUGCCACAAUGGCAAUUGCACCGCUCCCGAAACUUGCACCUGUAAUGCUGGCUACGCAAUGGAGAAUGGAAAAUGCACUGCCCAGUGCUCUAACUGCGCCAAUGGGAACUGUGUGGCGCCAAACGUUUGUGAAUGUUCGGCGGGAUUCGUGAAAAGCAAGGCGGGGUUGUGUGUCAAAAGAUGCUCGGAGGAUUGCGUCAAUGGGUUUUGUAAUGAUCAGGAUCAGUGUGUUUGUAGGGAGGGGUUCUAUUUCAACGAAAAACUGCUUGACUUUGGCAUUAAAAACAACACGGUUUGCACAGCGAAGUGUGAUAAGCAGUGUGUGAAUGGGUGGUGCGCGGGACGGAAUCUUUGCAAAUGUCUCCAUGGAUACGAGUUGGAUGCUAGGGAUUCAUUCAAGUGUGUUCCGGUUUGUAGGAAUUGUACUGGGGGUAUCUGUACGGCUCCUAACCAAUGUGAAUGUCCUGUAGGAUUUGUUCAACAGGAUGGAACGUGCAUUCCAAAGUGCCACUCUUCCUGCAUCAACGGCUAUUGCAGUGAUCCUGAUAAAUGUGUUUGUCACGAUGGAUUCCGAAUGUCAUAUAAGCCAAACGUCUGUGAGCCAGUUUGCGAUAUGCCAUGUGAGAAUGGAAGCUGUGUGGGGGUGAAUGAGUGCAAAUGUCUCAACGGAUAUCGCUCGAUCAGCAACGGCAAGUGUGAGCCAAUCUGUGAUAAGAAAUACAUUGACGUUGCCAAUGGAAAGUGCAUAGAGCCGAAUGUGCUUCAGUGUGAUGAAGGUUAUAGUUUGAAACAGUCAGCUGAUCGUCGUUUGACUUGCGUCUCGAUGUGUCACCCACCAUGUGAGAAUGCAACUUGCACAGCAUCCGGUAUUUGUGAGUGCUAUCAAGGUUACCAGUCAGUUGUCGGGAGUAGCCAUUCAUGUGAACCAGUUUGUGAUCCACUCUGUGUAAAUUCACAUUGCACGGCGCCAAAUAUUUGCGAAUGUCAAGAAGGUUACCGGAAGUCUGCAAAUGUAUCCAACAAUGUUUGUGAGUUUUAUUGCCAACUUGAAGUGGUGGACUGUUCAAAAGGACUUUGCACGGACGUGAAUACAUGUGAAUGUCCGGAAAACUAUGAACUGCUUGAGCACCCUGAUGGUGUUCUGCGUUGUACCCCUGUUUGUGACCAAGUGUGUAAUAAUGCGUUGUGCUCUGAAGAAAAGAGCUGUAAGUGUUUCCCUGGCUACAAACCUCUGAACUCAACCGAUUGUGAGCCUAUUUGUGAACAAGAAUGUGUUAAUGGAAUCUGUAAGGAACCCAACGUUUGUGAAUGCAAUACUGGAUACAAAAGUAAAACAAACUUCUCGUGUGAGCCUUUCUGUGAUCCUACUUAUGUAAAUUGCACCCACGGCGUUUGUGUCAAACCGAACGUUUGCGAGUGCCACGAUAGCUACAAUCUAACGCGAGUUGACGAUCACGAAGAAUGUCAACCUGUGUGCGAUUUCUUACCGAACAAUACCAUUUGUAUCGCACCUGGAGAACACCGAUGUCAAGACGGUCAUGAACUGGGCCAUCCUCACGGCCAUUGCGUGCCAACCUGUGAGCAGGACUGCGGAAAUGGCACUUGUAGUGCACCCAAUUUUUGCGAGUGUGACUUUGGCUUCAACUACGACAUCAGUAACAAAACAUGCACUUCAGUUUGUGAGAAAAUGUGCAGACCAGAGUCAGGCACCUGUGAGAAUCUUCUGUGCAAGUGCCUCGAGGGAUACCAAAAUUUGGAAAAUUCGUUCCAAUGUUCCCCGGUUUGUGAUCGUUGCCUGAACGGACACUGCAUUGCGCCUGGAGUAUGUCAAUGUUUUGAAGGAUUUCAACUGUCUAACGUUACCUCAUCGUGUGAGCUGGUGGCAGUAGCUCAAACAACUAGUGAAGGAUCAGAUUUUUCCUACCUCUACAUCGUUCUUAUCGUUUCAACGGUGGUUGUUUUUAUAUCAGCUAUUGCUCUAGGUCAUUACUAUCGAAAACAACGUCUGGGAAAAAGCUACGCUUGCAAAUAUGAUUCAAGCGUUGAGAGAACGAAUAUCACUGACGAUAUGUCUGAAUCCGGAUAAAAGAAGGGCAGUUUCGAAGAUUGAAAAAAAAAGAUUUAAAACAGUCGUUCCUGUAAAACAAUUUCAGGUUGAAGUAAAUUAAAUUAUUCGUGAGUAUUGGCAGUUAUUGGGCAUAUAAUAAAGUACCUACUAUCAUAAAAAGCACUUCAAGAAAUGUUUGCAAUAA